AUGAGGACUUCUGCCCUGAUCUUGCUAACCAAGCCGAACAUACUCAACACAGCGGAUCCGGGGAACUGGCGCCCCAUAUCCCUUUUAAAAGAGAGUACAGGGCCUAGCAAGGCGUGUCCUAUCCACCUCCCAGUACUGUACAAUCGGGGAAAGAACUGUUUUCAAUGCCAUUUUCGAGGUCAGGGAAGCUCUCGAGAAGUGCAAGGCCGGAGGAAGAGGGAUAUACCUCCAGGCGCUUGAUCGGGUCGAUCACCAUUAUCUGUGGUAAGUCUUGCGGAAGUAUGGCUUGCCGGGGAAAUUUAUCCCUUGUACAGAGGGGCCGAAAGCUUCGCUCUUGUGAACGGGUGGAGGGGCAGGACAUUUAGGAUCCGAUCCGGGUUCCGGCAAGGCUGUCCUCUCAGCCCGCUCUUGUACGUGUUUGCAGUCGAUCCCUUCAUCCGGAGGGUCGAGGUGAGCACGUUGCAGGGAGUGGCCAGGGCUCCGGGGAGGCCUCUAUGGGUCGUAGCCUACGCCGAUAACUACUCCAUCGUGGUCUCCGACACACGGGAGUCCACAGUGGUGGAUGAGUUAAUUCUCGCGUAUUUUGCCGCUUCAGCCUCAUGUAUCAACAGGGACAAGAGCGGAGUUUUCUGGUGCGGGAAGGAGGGGGACCAGUUCCCUCUUCCAGACGGUUUCCCACGGACCCAGUCUGAAAUUAAGAUCUUGUGGGUGAUGUUCGGACCAGGGGAUCUGGCUCUCAGGAACUGGUCUGAACGGCUUUCCAUAGCUUCCAGCAAGGUGGAGGAGAGCCACAGGUGGAAACUGAUGUACAGAGAACGGGUGAAACUGAUUAAAACCUAUGUUCUGACCGUAUUCGGCUAUGUCAACAUCUUUCGUUUGCCCAGGUCCCUUCACGCUUGGGUGUUUGCUCUGUUCUUCAGCAUGUUGUGGGGGAACAGGCUAAACCUUAUCAAGAGGGAGGUCACUUACCUGGCCAGAAAGGACGGGGGUCUGGCCAUGGUCAACCCCAUCGUCUUUUUUUCUAGCAACUUCCUGAAAAGGAACUUUGGGGCUCUCCUGAAGGACGAGCAGCCUGGCUGGGCAUGUAUAUUCAGGGAGUGGGUCGCACCUUUCCUGGUGGACUGGUUCCGCGGCAGGAUGGAGGGAGAGGAGCAUGAGAGUUCGCCAUUCUAG